AUGCCAUCGCCUGUACUAACAGCUUGCUCGGUGAUAGCUGCGGUGGGCUUGCUGAAGCUCCUCUCACGCUUUAUGGCGCGGUCGCCGCUGGACAAGCUACGCGGUCCACCCAAUCCUUCUUUGUUGCGAGGAAACGUGGAUGAGAUCACCAACAUCGAUGGCUGGGAAAUUCAUCGCCGCCUCAGCGAGGAAUACCCGGGCGCUGCCAAGAUUUGGGGCCCAUUUGCCAGUCGACGCCUCUACGUCUCUGACCCCUUGGCACUGUACAACAUCUUAGUCAAGGAUCAAUAUGUUUACACCAAGGCCUUGGAUAGAACUGGUGAGUUAGGCGCGCUCGUUUUCGGUCGAGGCCUCCUGUCCACUUACGGACAUAACCAUAAACGCCAGCGCAAACUGAUGAACCCUGUCUUCUCCAUGGCACAUAUGAAAUACAUGAUUCCCCAGUUCUACGACGUCUGUCAUCAGUUAUGCGACGCGCUGACUUCUCAGCUGGUCGGGGGAGAGCGGGAAGUCGAUAUCCUGGUAUGGAUGACAAGAACUGCGAUGGAACUCGUCGGACGGGCUGGUCUUGGGUACUCGUUUGAUCCCUUGACCGAAGAAACCAGCAACCAUUAUGCUGACGCGAUUAAGGCCUUGGUCCCUGUUCUCUCCACAUCCGGCCGGCUUCGGGAACUAGUUCCCUACUUCACGGCGCUCAAUACCCCUUCGCUGUUCAAACGAAUCGUGCCGUAUAUCCCGAUCAAGCGUGUUCAGCGUCUGCGCUACGUGACCGAGGCUCUGGAGAAGGCGAGCCGCGAAGUGUACAAUGCCAAGAAGGAAGCACUACAGAGGGGCGACGAAGCCGUCAUGCAGCAGAUUGGAAGGGGCAAAGACAUCAUGUCCAUUCUUCUAAAAGCCAAUCUGGAAGCGGACGAGAAUGAUCGAUUACCGGAGUCGGAGGUCAUUGCUCAGAUGUCAACCUUGGUCUUCGCUGCCACUGAUACGACUACCAAUGCGUUAUCCCGUAUACUCCAUCUGCUCUCGGAGCAUCCCGACGUGCAGCAGAAGAUGCGCGAUGAGAUACUCAAGGCUCGCCAGGCUCAGGGUCAUGAACUCAUGUAUGAGGAGCUCGACGCACUGCCGUAUAUGGAUUCCGUGAUUAGGGAGACACUCAGAUUGUAUGCCCCGGUUCCGACGCUGUUCCGCACGGCUACGAAAGACAUGGUCCUCCCUCUUCUCAAACCGAUCACAUCCGCGGAUGGCUUUCUACUGCACGAAAUCGCCGUCCCGCGCGGAACGACUGUUGUUGUGAGCCUUCGGAAUAUUAACCGCUCGAAAGAGUACUGGGGCGAGGAUGCCCAUGAAUGGAAACCUGAGAGAUUCCUCAACCCUUUGCCCGCCCAGCUGCUCGAGGCGCACGUACCCGGGAUUUACUCCAACAUGAUGACUUUCGGUGGAGGCGCAUUCUCUUGCAUCGGGUUCAAGUUCUCCCUGCUUGAAAUGAAGGUAGUACUUGCUCUGCUACUUGAGCGUUUCGCGUUUUCUCUACCCAAAGAAGAGAUCGCAUGGAAGAUGGGGGGUAUAAUAUUCCCAACCGUUGCGGGAACACAGGGAGCUCACAUGCCCCUGCGCAUGUCCCUCCUCAAGAAUGUCAGCCCAUCGUGA